AAUAAUCGGAUGACAACUCAAAUUAUGAGUCGCUUUCCACGAAUCAUAUCUUAUGUGAAGUCUGGAGAACGUGUCAUUUCUGCAAAGACCAAAACUUCAAAAAAGACAAACUCUGUGCACAGUUUCAAACCACGUGGUUGCCGCGGCAACUGCAGCUUCACCCCCUUCACACACUUUCCAUUUACAACAGCCCGUAAAAACGGCACAUCCUCCCUCACCGGUGACAUGUGAGCGAUAGCUAUCAGUCAAAGAGGCUGAGACCUCCCUCCCUCAGCCCUCAUAACUUCAGGCCCGAUGUGACGGCUCUGGACUGAGGUCGCGUCCUGGCUGCGAUGGGUCGGAGGCCGGCGCCGCUGUGUCUGCUCGUGUCCAUCAGCGUUGUGUGUCUGCGUGGAGACUCUGCCACAGGUGACCACGGUCUCCAGUGUGUGACCGACUACCUGCUCAUCAACUGCUCGCUGAACCUGUCGCCGUCAGAAAACACCUCCUACUGGCUCCGUCUGCUGGAAAAAUCAGUGGACGGAACGGUCCUCCUGUGUCCCCUGGCGAACGCAUCCGGGCGUUCGUCCUGCUCCACCGGACGGUCGGCCGAGCACGAGCCCAAGCUGCUCAUGGACAUGUACAGCUUUGAGGUGUCGCUCUGCCACGGGCGACGCGGUGCCGCCGAGGCCUGUGAGGUCCUGGAGGAGAGGUUCCAGCCUGCGUUCAACAUUAAACCCAAAGCGCCCUGCUGCUUGGAGGUCACGCGCAACGCGAGCCGGCACCGCUUCGCGUGGAGGAGCACGUACGAGCAGUACAGCAGGUUCACCAACCUGGUCAACAGCUUCACGUACGAGCUGCACCUCUACAGGGGAGCGGCGCGCGACGCGUCACAUAACAUUACCACAGCCCAGACAGAAUACUCUGUGGACGACCGGGUGUUGGCGCUGGACGGCGGGUACGCUGCCAAAGUUCGCUCCAGUCCCAACCAGGUGUUUUACGAGGGGCAGUGGAGCGAGUGGUCGGAUGAGGUCCGCUGGAGGACAGAGGACGGUCCUUCGACGGACGCGCCGGUCGUCAGCCUCGCUAAGUGGCUAUUCAUCCCACUGUGGAUGCUGUGUGUGCUGGCGCUGCUCGUCUUGCUCAUGUGCCACGCUCCUCUUGGGAAGUGGAAGGAAAGCGUCUUUAUUCCAAAUCCAGCUCCUUAUUUCCACACUCUGUACAACAACUUCCAGGGGGAUUUCAGGAGCUGGGUGGUGACGCAAGGAAACACAGCCGACAUGUUACCAGCAGAGGAAACACUUCGAAUAGAUACCCUGAUCAAGAGUCCCGAUGCCCAGGAGGACGAGCGGCAGGCACAGGGCUCCCACCAGCUGAUGCCGGGCAGCGGAUACAGCAACAUAACCGGCCACAUGUGUGAGGCGUCCCUCCCCUACACCGUGAGCAGCACGGCACCGCUGUCCGAGCCAGAGAGCUCACCGGAGGACGCGGGCGUCUCCGCUCAGUCGGGAAACCCCGCUGAGGGAGACUCCGGAUGCUGGCUCUGCAGCAACACGUCUCUGGAGAAGGAGCCGGCGUGGUACUGCAACGAUUACUGCACCCUGAGCGCCUUCCAGCAGCUGACGCUAGGCCCUAAAGAGCACCUAGGGGGGGCCGUGCACCCAAGGGAUUAUCCCGGUGAACGCCUGGAGGGAAGCGUGAAUGUGGCUGUAAACAGCAGGAGCAGAAUAAAGCCUGAAGUUGAAUAAUAGUUGGAAGACACGAUGCAUUAAAGCAACGAUCGACAAUCUGCUGUAGAUGCUAUGCUUUCAUAGAAUUUAUGUGAACAUAUGUAAAGUUUUUCCAAAACAUUUAACUGAAUUGCAUAAGAAAUCAAUGUAAUAGCAUCACACAAACCAAUGUUUGAUAUUUUGUGUAUCUCUACAGUAUUUUACCCUAAAUAAAGACGACCUAAAUGUUU